UUUAUCAAUUAUUUUGGAUCUAUAAAUUAAGAAUAAUCCAACUCUCCGCGUCAGUUGACUUUGUUGGUUAGCGGAAUGAAGAUAAUAACUUUCUUGGUAUUAGCAAAUCUGCACUUCGCCCUGAGUACUAAGGAGUAUGAAGAAGCAGACAGGAUGGUGACGUGGAGACUUCAAAAUAUUGUGAAGAAGUAUAAAAACUUGGCCACCGGAAACGCCGAGUUCUCCCAGUGGAUAGAAAAGAUAAACAAUAUUGCUGUCCGGAGUGACUUUAGAGUAAAGAUGGAAAUGGAAGGUGAAUUUAACGUCUACGAUCAGAUGCGCCAAUCAUAUGAAGAUAAAAUUACUGAACGCUUGACCACGAUCAGAUCUCUAAUUGCACAAAGGAAAGGAGGCAAUAGAUGUGUUAAGUUCUACCAACAUCAGCAAAAUGAACUUAAAAAUGCCUACAAAUCCUCCAAUAAAAGAAAAUCGCAGGUUGUUACAGAGAAUAGUAGAGAUUGCCCUACAAGAAAAAGGGAAAAGCGGAUGUAUGAUUACUAUAACGAUUACGAUAACUAUGGAUUCUAAUGAAGUUAAAUAUUUGUAACUAAAUCAAAUAAAAUCCCGCUUAUGAUUUAUAUA